AUGGACCUGAGAGUUGGAGGCAAAUACAAGCUCAAAAAGAAGUUAGGCAGUGGAGCCUUUGGAGAUAUUUACCUUGCAGAAGAUAUUAAGAAGCAUAUAUAGAAGUUGCUGUUAAGCUUGAGCCUGUUAAGACUAAAUUCCCCCAACUUUUAUACGAAACAAAGUUGUACAAACUCUUUGCAGGUGGUAAUGGAAUCCCAAAAGUAUAUUGGUCAGGUACUGAAGGUGACUACAACGUUAUGGUUAUGGAGCUUCUAGGACCUAGUCUUGAAGACCUUGCCAAACAUUGUGAAAACCGGUUUUCUACCAAAACAGUCCUAAUGAUUGCUGACCAGCUGAUACAAAGAAUUGAAUUUAUCCAUGCUAAAAAUUUCCUACACAGGGAUAUCAAGCCGGAUAAUUUCCUGAUUGGGCUUAACAAAAAGGCGCAUAUGAUCUAUAUGAUAGAUUUUGGGCUAGCUAAAAGGUUCAGAAAUUCAAAAACCGGUGAUCAUAUUCCCUACAGAGAUGGAAAGAGCCUCACAGGAACAGCUAGGUACGCCUCUGUAAACACACAUCUUGGAGUGGAGCAGUCUAGAAGAGAUGACAUCGAAGGAAUUGGUUACGUCCUCAUGUAUUUUCUCCGUGGUAAACUCCCCUGGAUGGGAAUUCAAGCUAAGACAAAAGAUGAGAAAUAUGAAAAAAUUAAAGAUAAGAAAGCCUCAGUAACAAUUGAGCAGCUAUGUAAGGGCUAUCCCAAAGAAUUUUCUAAAUUCUUUGAAAGCUGAAGGAAUCUUGGCUUUGAAGACAAGCCUGACUACUCUGGGUAUCGCAGAAUGUUCUCAGACCUCAUGACUCAAGAAGGAUAUGCCUAUGAUUUCACCUAUGAUUGGUUACUGAAGAAGAAAGAGAGAGAAACACUUAGAGGCAAGAUAGAGAUUGAAGAGGAAAAAGUAGCCCAUAGAAUGACCAAAGCAGAAAAGUUCAGGACAACUCAAAAAGAUUAUAAAAAGGCAAAACCUACUACUCCUUAUGAGGAAAAGAAGGUACCAAAGGAGCCUUCUAUGCCUAAGCCUGAUUUGAAAAAACCAAGAGAGGAAACAAAGGAAACUUCCAAAGAAGAAAAGAAAAAGCCUGAUAUAUAUUCUGCGAUGAGGGAUACUGGGUUUGGCAAAGCCAAACCCAAGAUAGUCACUAACAAUGUACGCAGUUAUCGAUAUUAG